AUGGGAGUCAUCUCGAAGAAAUGGGAGCUACCACAGAACAACUUGACAAGAAACGAAAGGCAAGCCCUACAAGAACUGAGAACGGAUAGCACCAUCAUGAUACUUCCAUCGGACAAAGGGAAAAGUACCGUAGUCAUGGAUAAGGAAGCAUACAUCAGUAAAACGAAGGAACUGUUCCAGGACAAAUCUCGCUUUAUCGAACUACCCACUGAUCCUACGCAGAAAUCGGAACGAGCAUUAGUCCAGCGCCUUCGACAAUUAAGAGAGUGCGGAAGCAUUUCUGAUACGGCCUACAAACGGCUGUUUUCGUCCGAUAGAGCAACCCCCAGAGCGUACGGCUUACCUAAGGUACAUAAGCCCGACGUACCACUCCGACCGAUAGUGUCCUUCACGGGUGCACCAACGUAUCAGCUUUCAAGGUUCCUCGUUGAACUGUUGAGUCCCAUCAAGUACAAGAAUGGACACUCUACAAAGAACUCACGUGAAUUUUGCUCCAGUGUUCGUGAUGUAGUGAUCAACAGUGAUGAAACCAUGGUGUCGUUUGACGUUGUAUCACUCUUCACGAAUAUCCCCAUUGCUCUUGUUAUCGACGUGGCCAAAGAUCGCCUGAACAGUGACGACACCCUUUCUGAACGCACUACACUUUCCGUGACCGAAGUUAUAUCCUUAAAGAAGGAAGGCUUAGCAGAUGGAAUCCUCAUCGAAGACUGCGGUCACCUGCUCAAGUGCACAAGCUGCGUCAGAGGAAACACGAAGCGGAAACCGUUUCCGAAAGUCAGCACAUCCCGAGCUGGAGCUGUCCUUGAUCUGGUUCACACGGACGUUUGUGAACCACUGAGGGUCAUGACACCGAGCAAAAAUCGAUAUUUUCUGACGUUCAUCGACGAUUUCUGUCGCUAUACUGUGCUGUAUCUGCUCAAAUCCGAGGAUGAAGUUGCUUCAAAACUACAAGAGUUUCUGGCCAUGGUGAAGACCAAGUUCGGAACGUACCCCAAAGUUCUUCGCGCAGACAACGGGACAGAAUAUACUGGAGGAAGAUCAUGA